AUGAGUGAAAGAGUCGAAGUUUCCCAAGACAAAGGAGUUAAAAGACCGGCAUCUCCAUCUCCUGCUGCUCAGGAUUCAAAGCUCAGGGAUAGUCAGGGCUUCAGAAUGAAGCGCCAAGUAAUUGACAAAGUUACCUUGACGGCAUAUGAGCAACUAGGAGGAGAGGAUGCUUCUGAUAGCACCAUUCAGCAAGGAAAGACGAUCGAGGAAGAAGAAGCAGAAGGUGCUAGCUACAUCAUCGAUGGUAGAUUGAGAAGAGUACAUCCAUACUAUUUUACCUAUUUGACAUAUUGCAAGAUGAGAUGGAGGGACAGAAAACUCUUGGAUAUAUUUGUAGACGAAUUUAGAGAUCGCUCGGCUGAAUACUACAAGAAAGCCAUUGAUGCUGGACAAGUAACGUUGAAUAAAAAGCCAGCUAACUUGGACAGUAUAGUGAGAAAUGGAGAUCUCAUCAGUCAUCGUACUUAUAGAAAAGAGCCCCCAGUUUCAUCGCGUGAAAUCAAAAUUGUGUAUGAGGAUGACGAUUUAAUUGCAAUUGAUAAACCUUCAGGUAUUCCAGUGCAUCCUACGGGGAGGUAUCGGUACAAUACUAUCACCAAGAUUUUCCAGCACGAAAUGGGCAAAGUGGUACACCCCUGUAACAGACUUGAUAGACUCACUAGUGGUUUGAUGUUUCUUGGAAAAACCGCUAAAGGGGCAGACAAAUUGGUCAAACAGAUCAGAGAAAGAAGCGUAAGAAAGGAGUACAUUGCUAGAGUGAAGGGAGAAUUUCCCUUGGAAGAAGUUGAAGUCGACCAGCCUAUGAGAACCAUUGCUCAUAAGCUAGGCUUGAACAGAAUUGACUUGAAAGAAGGCAAAGAUGCUAAAACUGCUUUCAAACGGGUUUCUUAUGAUCCAGAACACGAUACUUCGAUUGUCAAGUGUAUUCCAUUAACUGGUAGAACUCACCAAAUUCGUGUACACUUACAAUACCUUGGGCAUCCUAUUGCCAACGACCCUAUCUACUCGAACAAGUUCGUAUGGGGAAAUAAUUUGGGAAAAGACAACGAAGGUGACUCCAAUGAAAUAAUACAACGUUUAGAUAGAAUUGGUAAAGACAAGGCCGCCUCUUCUUGGGCCCAUCCCGAGGAAGAUGGAGAGUUAAUUACUGAUGAAAUUGAUGAAAUCUCUGGAAUGCCAGUUUAUUCCGAUCCUGGUCCCAAUGACUUGGACUUGUGGUUGCAUGCCUAUAAAUAUGAAGCAGCAGACAAGUCGUGGUCGUACAAGACUGAGUAUCCUGAAUGGGCAAUUGGACCACACAGAAAGUUCAUGGAAUUAUCACUAGAAAUGGCCAAUAAGUGCGACGAAACGCAAACUCAAUACAAUGUAGGUGCUGUUUUGGUCAACAGAGGCAAGGUUCUUGCUACAGGCCACUCUAGAGAACUUCCAGGAAACACCCAUGCAGAACAGUGUGCUUUAGAAAAGUAUUUCGAAGAGACUGGAAAGAGAGAAAUACCGAAAGGAACAGAGAUAUAUACUACGAUGGAACCAUGUACUCUUCGAUUAAGUGGAAAUAUUCCCUGUGCCGAUCGUAUAAUUGGUACCACUAUCAAGACCUGUUUUGUAGGAAUAGUCGAGCCAGACACUUUUGUCAAGAACAAUUCAUGUUCUGCUAAGUUUGCUGAAAAUGGGAUAGAGUAUAUUCAUAUUCCUGGCUAUGAAGAGGAAUGUUUAAAGAUUGCUACAAAGGGCCACGAGAAGUUAAGCAAAGACUCAUAA